AUGACCCACAAUAAACAACUGAUAAACCUAUUUCCUCUCCAUCCAGAAAAUCUUGUUCAGCAAUACAAAGACAUGCAUGAUCAUGAUCAAGUUGCCUUUCUCUUGGAAACAGCCGGCUGCGACGAUACCUCCACUACUCUCCAAGGCCUCCUUGACAACACGACGACGACGACGAACACCACCACCACCUCAGAGGAUGGGCCACUCGGUUGCCAUAUUGAGAUUGAUCAGGAGAGAUGCGAUGGGCGACCCAGCUUGCUGGAAAAGACAGCAAUGAAGUGUAAAACGAGAGACUUGAGUGAGGAGAGGUGGGUGAGUUACUGGGAGGUGGUGGAGAGGAAAGAGCAAGAAGAAGUGAGUAGCUCUUCAUGUUAUGGUGCUGCUGAUACAUUGGGGAAGAUGCUGCAGGUUGAAGAUGGUCAGAAAAAGGGGUUGGUUGGUUUGAAGCUUGAUUAUCAAGAGAUCUUGAAUGCUUGGUCUGAUAAAGGCCCACUUUACAUUGCAGGAGAGUCCCCACAAACUGUUCCUGAUAUCUACGAUGGCUCCAACGCAUUAAUGGACGGGUGGGGGAAUUUAUGGAGCGUGCCAGAAAUGCGUGGCAUGAAAAUGAAGGAAGGGAAAGAGAGUUGGAAAUUAGGGCAAAGAGAGGCAAGUGUGUUGAGGUAUAAGGAGAAGAGGCAAAGCAGGCUUUUUGCUAAGAGAAUUCGAUAUGAAGUUCGAAAGAUCAAUGCAGAGAAACGCCCCAGGUUGAAGAGAAAUGCUUUGUCAUCAACAUUUCGUUAUGGGUUUAGCACGUUAAAGCCAGCAACCAUUGGUCGCAAAAGCUGUACAGAUUUAAGUGAAAUUGUGUAUGCAUGCAUGCAUGUGUACUGA